AUGGGAGGCUCCGUCAGUGUGGAGAGUGAUGCCAAGCAGUUACAAGUCUCUGUAGGAACACUCAAAGCAUGGCAGGGCGAUUUGCUGGCACGGAUACGGCUUGACGAAGAGGGAAAUUAUCAUCUCGGACGGCUUCCAGAAGUCGUCGAAUGGCUUUCAAGAGCGGAGACCGCCAUACAUGAGGUCGAUGAUCUGCUUCGCCAUGGCAUGCUGGAAAACGCACGCCCAAUCGCUGGUCAAGUGGACGUGCUUGAAAGGGCAUGGGAACUUCUUAUGAAGGACCAUGUUAGAAUCUUCGGUCUAUACGGCAUGGGUGGAGUUGGCAAGACCGUCAUUCUCAAUAAUAUGAACAACAAAAAGUUGUACAAAGUCGCAGACCAAUUUGACAUUGUCAUUGUGGCCCCUGUACAACAAGGCAAUCCGACCCUGAGCAUUCAACGAUCUAUCGGAUGGAGGCUAGGCUUCGACAGGUUUGACGUCGAAUGGAAACAAAACAUGGAAACCAGUAAGAGGGCGGAUUAUAUUUACAACGCCCUAGAGAACAAGAGAUUCGUUCUGGUGUUGGAUGACUUGGAGAGCAAGGUGGAUUUAACGGAGAUCGGAAUCCCGUCCCCCACAAAGGAAAACAGAUGCAAAGUAGUGUUUGCCACUCGUUCCAAGGAUGUGUGCAGGCUCAUGGGGGCCGAUGCCGACAUGGAGGUCGGAUGUUUGUCCCCCGACGAUGCAUGGGAGUUUUUCCGAAAGACUGUCACGACGAAAAACUUAAACAUGCAUCCAGACAUUCCUAAACUAGCAGAAGAAAUCGCGAGAAGAUGCCGAGGUCUCCCGCUAGCACUCGACGUUGUGGGUGGGAUGAUGUUCACAAAAAGUGAUGUUUAUGGAUGGACAUUCGCGGUGCAAACGUUGACUUCAUCCGAAAUCGAGAAAAUGUGUGUCGAGAAACAUGGGAAAGAAAUUGAAAGAUUCAGUCGAGAGUUGUAA